AUGGAGGCCAUUUACAUAAAAGAAUGGGGUGUGGCUCUAAGAAGUUCAGUUGUGAUGAAAAACAUAAGGAAAUUGGAUUUUGUCAGAAUCAAACAAUACUUCCCAGAAAAUAUUUCCAACCAGCCAGAUUUAUCAAAUAAUAUUAUACCAACUCAACUGAUGAUACAAAUAGCAUUCAAAUUAUCUAAAAUAGAUUUAAGCAAUGCAAAAAAGGCAACUAUUUCUUUUUUUAAUGGACUUAUCACUGCUAUUCAGCAAAAUUAUAUUGAUGUUGCAAAUUCUUUAUCACCAUCACUUAAAAAUCUUAUAUCUAAGCUUGGAAAAAAAAAUGACAACAAAGAUGAUAAAGAUUUAGAAUUAUGGUGUAAAAGAAUUUCAAUUCAGAGCAAAACAAACAACUAUUUGAAAGGAGAUAUUCAUAGGUUAUCUGAAUUUAUAGCAAAACAAGAAUUAUAUACUUCUAAAAUACAACUCAUAGACCAGCUCUGCAAGGAAUUAGCUGAUUUUUAUAUAGUGGUAGAAAAUGGGAAUGAUAUUAUAGAAUAUUUAGAUGAAAUUGAAAUAAAUAAUGGGUUAAAUACAGACAAAU